GAGAAUAAAUUUAUCUCUAUACCUGUGGGAAAAGUCACCCAAAAGGAUCUUGGCGCAAAAGUCCAAAACGGUGCCGUUUUGCUCAUCACCUUCUUCGCAGGAUUUCCAUAACCCUUGCAGUUGAUAUUCAGUAGAAAAGAAGAUAUUAGUAUAGAGAAUAGUGCAAUUUGUUACCCCAUAAGUUCCAAUUCUAAGAUACCCAUUUUUGUUUACUUCACAUAAUUUGUCAAGUUAUUUGCAAAAUGCAAGUAUACAGGUCUCUCUUAAAUUCAAUCAAGAACCGUUCUAUACAGACCCUUAAUACAUAUGAAAGGUUUAUCCCACCUAAGCGCUUCCAUUCAGCCAGCUGCAUGAGGUCUGCUAGAAAGACUUAUGAUCCGCCUUUAUUAACUGGACCAUCAACAUCAAAAUCUUGGAAACCUUAUAUAUUACCUGGAGCUGCUUUGGGAGGAUUCGGUGGACUGCUCCUUUUUCUUCGUUAUAUUGAUGAAAGGAGAGCAAUUCCAAAAGGUCAAGGCGAGAAAUUUGAAAGAAGUGCAAUUCAAGGGCCAAUCAUUGGCGGCCCAUUCAGCUUGAUUGAUACAGAAGGCCAUUUGGUUACCGAGCGCAACUUGCUGGGAAACUGGGUUCUUCUCUACUUUGGUUAUACUUCAUCUCCUGAUGUUGGUCCAGCAGAAGUACAAAAGAUGGCUAAAACUACUGAUAUUCUAGGUUCAAAACAGGAUCAUCAUAAGAUUCUCCCAGUAUUUGUCACAAUUGAUCCUCAACGUGAUACGCCUUCGCAACUUCGAGCUUAUCUUAAAGAGUUUGACCCAAGAAUAAUGGGAUUAACUGGACCAGUUGCUGCUGUUAGACAGAUGGCACAGGAAUACCGAGUUUACUUUAAGAAGGUUGAUGAAGAAGGAGAUGAUUAUCUGGUAGAAUCUUCUCACAACAUGUAUUUGGUGAAUCCAAAUAUGCAAGUAGUUAGAUGCUUUGGUGUGGAAUACAGUGGGGAGGAACUGGCCGAUGCAAUAGUUAAGGAGCUAAAGAAAGCUGAGACAUAGCAAUACUCGAAGUGGAUUUGGCGAAGUAAGUACAUCAUACUUAGGUGGAGCCAGACGUUCAAUUUUUGCCUGUUGUCGUGGCCAUUUAAGGACCUUUGUAGCAGCUGAGUUCGAUUAGAUGGGCUAGUCAUCUCUCAACAAUUUACUAGUUCAGAAAAAGUUUUGAAGAGAAAUUUCUCUGAUGCUUAGAUGGUCAGAGGCUUGGAAAAAAAGAGAGAAGAAAACUAGCAAUAUCUUCAGUUUUUAGCAAAUUGGUUCUGAUACUUUUUGCCACCUUUUUUCUUGUCUGGGCUUAAUGAAUUUGGACCUGGUCGGUGGGUAAUACAAAGUAGGUGACUGUUUGGUUGCCUAGCAAAAGUUUCAUUCUAUAAUUAAUUGGAUAUAAGACUCAGUCAAGUUUGAAAACAUUAACUGAAGAAGGGUAACUUCUUGAAUUUCAACCUCAUUGUUGACUAUAUAGCUACUUACUUUUCUCUUAGGAGAAGUGAAACCAAGAAAAUGUAAUUUAGGCAUUGUUAAAAAACAUGCAGACGAGUUCAAAAAAGAGACUAAGGAGUUGAA